AUGGCGAGCACGGAGGGCGCAGGGGGCCGGAGGAAGAAUUUGGCCCUGCUGCGGCACAGGCUGUACAUGGGGGAGAGGAGAAGGACGGAGCCCGUGGUGGAGUGCAGCGGGGCUGGGGAGCACGGUGCCUUGCGCAGGAGUCAGUCCGACAGGACGGAGUAUGGCCAGAAGUUGCAAGAAAAAAUGGCCCCACAGUCAGGAUCCACGUCCUCUGCCAACUUGCCACGGGAGGAUGAGGAAACUACCAAACGCAUGAUGGCCAAGAGGGUAAAAAUCAUUGCAGAGCUCAUGCAGACAGAGAGGGACUAUAUCAGCGACCUGGAUCUCUGCAUCAAGGAAGUGAUUCAGCCUCUGAGAAGCAAGCAGAUUGUUCGCUUUGACGUGGAUGGCUUGUUUAGCAACAUCGAAUCGGUCCAUCAAAUAUCAGCCAAGCUGCUGUCACUGCUGGAAGAAGCCACAACAGAUGUGGAACCACCCAUGCAAGUAAUCGGGGAAGUGUUCUUGCAGAUUAAAGGCCCACUAGAAGACACAUAUAAAAUCUACUGCUAUCGCCACGAUGAUGCACACACCAUGCUGGAAUCCUAUGAAAAGGAUGAAGAACUGAAGCAGCAUUUAAGACACUGUGUACAGUCCUUAAAAAAGAUGUACGAGGAAGAAGGAAAGCCAAAUCUAAUGGACAUGGGAUCCCUGAUGAUCAAGCCAGUACAGCGGGUAAUGAAAUAUCCCUUGUUACUGUGUGAACUGUUGAAUUCAACUCCUGCUUCUCACCCUGACCACAAAGCACUACAAGAGGCCCUUUCUGCUAUGAAAAAUAUUAAUGUGAACAUCAAUGAACUUAAAAGGAGGAAAGACUUAGUGCUGAAGUAUAAGAGGAAUGAUGAUGAUGAAACCCUUAAAGAAAAGUUUUCCCGACUGAAUAUUCACUCCAUUAGCAAGAAAUCCAAGAGGGUCACCAGCCAUCUGAAAAUACUGACAGGGGGAGAACCUCAGGUGAAAGAUCAGACAUUCAAUAAAGAAGAAAAGUUGUUUCGAAGCUUAGAGAAGACUGUGAAAUCAUGUGUGAAGAACAUUUCAUUAUCCUCACAGCAUCUACAGGAUUCCAUACAUCUGGGUGCACAGAAUAUAACUGGGCUUCAGGAAAUUUUGCAAGACAAAGAAGAUGAGGCUAACAAACACUCAAAGAAAAUGAACAACCCUACAAAUCUCUGUGAAGACCUGAUGGCUCAACUAGACAAGCUUGUUCUGACUCCUCUCUCAGCGCUACAAGCCUUGUUUUCAGGCCCACAGAAGCUCAUCCAGAAGCGCUAUGACAAACUGUUGGACUACAACAGCUACCUCCAGAGGUCAACAGGAGAAGAGCUGGACCUGGCAAAGAAAGACUAUGAGGCUUUAAAUGCACAGCUAGUGGAAGAACUUCAGGUAUUCAACAGAGCAGCUAAAAAGAUUGUGUUGAACUGCCUCUAUUGCUUCAUCACCCUCCUCAGAAGUAUUAUGUCUGCAGCGCUUCAAGCAAAUUCUGCUGUGGUGGUGCCUGUUCCACUGUCUUCCUCAAGCAUCUGUGAAGUGCAGCAUCAGUUGAUGGAGGAGGUUCACAAGCUGAAUUUUGUUAAAGAAAACAGCAGUGCAACCUUUAUUGAAAGAAAAUUGAGCUUGGAAAAAAAGAAACCUGUCCCCUCUCCACUUGAAUCCUCGCGUCAAACAGAAGGCCACCGGUCCAAGCUGCUGUCUACAUACAGCGCAGAACUGCUGUACCAAGCUAAGCGCAAGUGCAACGCCACGCAGGAAUUUGAUAUUGAUCUGCAUGAAGGAGAAGUGGUGGCUGUUGUGGAGCAAAAGGAUCCCUUCCAAAGUACUAGCAGAUGGCUUGUUGACACAGGAAUCCUCAAGGGAUAUGUGUAUUCCUCCUUCCUGAAGCCUUUCAAUCCAGCCAAAGCGCAGAAGGACGUCACAGAGAACAACUUCUGUGAUGAUGAUUUUGAUAAUAUCAGCCUCUUUGUCUCUUCACGGCCCUCCUCUGACAGCAGCACAAGUUCAGGGCACAAGAAGAGUGACAGCGACUCAUCUCUUCACUCUUGUGAAAAUCCCACAGCUAAUGGCACAGGGGCCAGAGGUUCCCAGGAUAUAGAUGAUCAGCAUACCUUCUAUGCUGUUCAUGCAUUCCAAGCGAGAAAUGAUCAGGAACUCAGUCUUCAGGAGUACCAGAAGGUUAGGAUACUUCGGUUUUCUGACCUGAGUGGCAAUAAAGAAUGGUGGCUAGCAGAAGCCAAAGGUCAGAAAGGAUAUGUACCAUCUAAUUAUCUCGGAAAGAUGACAUAUGCUUAGGAACAGAAAAGCCCAUUCAGCCAGUUUCUCUGAAGCAGACAACGAAAAUCUAUUACAGCUUGCAGAAAGCAAGGGAAACUUACAAGUGACUUGACAGAAGCCAUGGCACCUGGUAGAGUGCACACAUGAUAUUGAGAACCUUCGUCUUCCAAAAGCCAUCACCUUGUCAAGACCUGAGGGAGGAAGCGUUUAACAGGAAGACCGAUUCUGAUUAACACCCCUAAGGGCUUGCUUUUCUAUUACCCCAUAAUUUUUGCUUUUAUCAAAGUGUCCUAUGUACAAAUUCAACCUACAAGUGCACAUCACAGCUGAAGUUGUGGUUUUUUCGAUGAUAUUCAGCAAAUAAUAUUCAAGAUGAAGACAGCCAGCCUUGAAAAAGGACAAUUCAGCCUUCAGGGAUUUUGUAGUUCAGACUGAAUUGUUCUUAAACCUCUACCUUGAUGAACACAAACAUCUCCAAACUCAACAACUUUUGGGUUGUCCAUUUUCAUCUUCAGCCACUUUUGUAAAGAAUCUUUUUCUCAGUAGCGAAUAUUGGAGUGGGAAAAGAAAAAUGGUUUCAUUUUUUUGGGAAACAUUUUAGUUUAAAACAUACUGACGCUGCUGGUACCAGUAGCUGGUCUCAGGGAUGAAGGUAUAUUUAGUUAAAUGUAGAAACGGAAUGAGGAAAAGAAAAAAAAGGACAGAGGAAACAGGUAACAUGAAAUAAAGACAUUAUUUUCAAGAAAACAAAUUUCAUAACUACUUCAUAAGGUAGGAAACAAUUUGUAGCAAUAUGAAUGUGCCUCAGGUUUGAAAUGACUUGUCUCCACACUAACUGCUUUUUAGUGCAAGAUCUGUGUAGUGAAACAACUUGUGUUAUUAGAUUUAGGAAAUUUAUUAAGAGUUGAGAAAAAAAGUCAAGCAGUGCCAUUCCUUGAAUAUUUACUGCAUGAUUCCUUAGGUCAGAUACAGAGAUCAUACUGUCAUGGGAAUACACUGAGAUUUAAGAUGUGUCAACAUUUAUCUUCCAAAAAAAAAAUUCUCAUACUGAAAGUGUCUUAACAUUAGAUUAAACAGUGAAGAAAGCAUUGAUGAGCUGACUUACUGUUUGUAAAACUUGGCGUUAAAAGCCCUGUAUGUUACUAAAGUAUCUUCAAAGCUGUCAGGGAUAUUUUAACAAGAUAAAAUAGUUCACAUCAUAUCCUCAACGAGCAUGGGAAAACAAAAAAACAAACAAACAAACAAAAAAAAACAAGGAAAUAUGUGAUUUUCAAAUAGUACUUUUUGAGUUUCACUGACUGCAGUGAUCCUUACUAAGGUUAGGCUUGUGCCCUACACUAGACUGGAUGGCAAUCUAACAAUAUACCAUUACUAUUACUGCUGAUAACAGUGUGUUCAUCGAAGUUUAUUACAGUACAGAAAUGCCUUGGUCCUCUAGCUGUGAAUGAGGACAUCUGUAUGCUAAGUACUACAAAAAGAAAACAAAACAACAACCCAAGAGUCUAAGCCUGAAACAGUGAAAGAAACUCCUGUGAGAUAUUUUCAGUCUUGCUUCAUAAUUGUUACUGACUGCCCAAUAAAAUGACAAAUUGAUGGAGAGAGGAGGGUGUUGCUGAUCAAAGGUCAGCAUAUACAGAAAUUGUUCUAAAGCUGUUGUGUCAGUUUCUACUUCCUGUAGCUGAAGCAUCGGGUAGGAAGAUAAAACGAUCCAAAACCUAGAGCAUAGCAAGAAAUAGCCUGUCUGCAUAGAAAGAAAGAGUUAACAAUAGCUGAUACAAGCAAUAGUUUUUGCUGCACAAAUGAAUCUAAUUUCAUUUUCUUUAGAGCCCUGUAUUCAUAUUUCAUUUUGCUAAAAAGAUAGAGAAUGCUUGAGUUUUGCUCAGAAGAUGUAGUAGAUACAUGGUGAAUCACAGAGCUGAGAUCCUGAAAUCAGUGCCAGAUUACAAGUUUGUCUGUCAUGUGACUUUAGAGUUCUCUGACAUGGACAUCAAGAAAUCAAGAUGCGAAGCUCUGAACUGUUGCAAUCCAACGACCAGUAAGAACAGACAUGUACAAGGUUGCUUAACUUGCACAUAACCUUAUGCACUUAUAUCCUGCUGUUUCCACAGCAAGCAGAAACUGUUUAUCCAUGGAUGAUUUUUUUUUUCCUGCAAAAAACACUUUACUUUUAGCCAAAUGAAGAAAAUAAAGGGAGGGAAGGGAAGAAGAAGUGGGCAGAACCUUGGGUGAUGGAAUUGUAUGGAUUACCAUCGAUUUUACCCUACUGAGACUGCAUUGUGUUGGUGCUUAUAUUUUAAGAUUAUGGGAAAGAUGUACACAAGAAGCUUUUCAGCAUGUCUUACAUUUCAGAAUACUUUACUUGGAGGUCUAUACUUUGCAGUAGUGGAAACAGUUUUAGGAAUGAUUGAAUUGUGUUUAAUAGACUUAAUGUAUCCAUGUAAGCACAAGGAAUAAGCUUUAUAUUUCAGAUGGGGAAAUUAAGGGCAAGAGUCAAAAAAAAGAUUUCUGUAGUAUUAGUUCUGAGAACUCAGCUUAAGUCAUAUGGAAGGCUCUGAUUUUGAGUGUUAUGCGCAUUCUCCUUGGGAAAAAAAAUAAUCAGGCUCUGUGAAGGUGUCUCUAAGCAAGUUCAAGUGCUGCUUUCCAAGAUGUUUAGUAGGGAUCCUGAAGCAACAAGAAAUGAAGAAUGAAGUAACAGAGACAUUGUUUCUUUGAAUAUAUGUGGGAUUUCAGAACUUCUAGGAGGAUUCUAGUAAGCUAUGAAAUCCCACUUGAUGGUUAGCACCCUUGAUGUCUUACUGCAGACUAAUUUAUGUGACUUUAUUAUAUAUAUAUAUUUAAAAUCUUCACAGUAUCUUGGGAUUCACUAAAAGUGAGCAGGUGUUCCACUGGAUUGGCUUAUUUUACCACCUCAGAAAUUCAAAGUCUUGUAUGUUAAAAUUUCAUAUUACAGGUGUCUCGCCAUCUUCUCUUUUGUUUAAAAGAAAUAAAAAUCAAACUUAAGUUACGGCAAAACAAAGAGAUGCUCUUUGAAUUGAAGCCCUCCUACAAUAAGGAGACUUACAACAACUCCAAUUAGACUUUCUCAGAUGCAUUUUUGUUAAGGUCAUGCUUUCAGUACUAGAAAUUGUGAGCUAGGUUAGGUCUCCAGACAUUCUUGAAAGCUGUGCAAUAUUUUUGCUGCUGUUUCUUUAUUGUGAAGGUUACAGUAUUCUAAGAAUUUUCUUGUUCUAAUUAAUGACAAAACUAAUUAUUUUGACUGAAGCAAGAACAGGCUGCAGUUUAAUCCCACAUAUACUCAAACGCAUUUUAGUUGCAUGAAUCAUUGUGACAGUAAGCAUGUACUUUCAGGACUGGGUCUGCUCAAACUGAAGUGUUUCUCCCUUCAGGGAUGUAUUUUUAGGUGUUGACACUGGUCACCUGCAACCUAGCAGACAUCCAAGCCAACGAACACCACAAUGUCUCUGGUCUGAUCUUCGUCAACCGUGUUGCCUUCCCUCUUAAUCCUUAACUAAGGAUUUACCUUUUCAAAACAAACACACAUCAAAGAAUUCUUCCUUCUGACUUCUAAUUGAGUAUUUGAAGGGCAUAAUUACUAAAAUAUACCUUUGCUGUCAUUUUAAGAUAGAUUGUAAAAAUGCAGAUCUGUGGAGUAGAUCUGCAAAAAGAAACACAGACAUAAUGCUUGUGCCUAUAAUUCCUCCUACAAUAAUUGUUUGGAAAUGGUGAAAAUAAUCUUUUAAAUUAUUGUAAUAAUAAAAAAUUAUUUUUCUAA